AUGGUUAUGUUCAUAUCAGAUAAUGAAAGUUUCAAUCCUUCACUUUGGGAAGAACAAAGGAAACAGCGAGCUCAGGUGGCUUUUGAAUGUGAUGAAGACAAAGAUGAAAGGGAGGCACCACCCAGGGAGGGCAAUUUGAAGAGGUACCCAACACCUUACCCUGAUGAGCUGAAGAAUAUGGUCAAAACAGUUCAGACAAUAGUACACAGAUUGAAAGAUGAAGAAAACGCAGAAGAUGCUCAUAAAGACACAAAGCAAGAAAAUCAGCAAGUUUUAGUGAAGGAUGUGGGUGUAAAGACUUCAGAAAUCACUACAGCAAAGAAGAAAACAGAAAAUGAGCAGACUAUCAUGAUGGGAAAUUGCUUGCAGAAGCCUAAUGAACUAGAGGCUGAGAAUAGCUCUGGAAACUCACAGAUGAAUGCCCAAGUUAAAACCUCAGAAAAUGCAGUGCCGAUCGCGAAUCACGAAGACAUGCCUGAGGAGUCAGAAGACCUCUCCUCUGAUGAAGAAAUGAAGAUAGCAGAAAUGAGGCCACCAUUGAUAGAAACUUCCAUUAAUCAACCAAAAGUGGUAGCCCUUGGUAGCAGCAAAAAAG